AUGUGUCUUUCUUCAAUCCUGGGCUGGUGCAUCAUCAUCAUAUCUGCCACCGUGGGCCUCUGUGGCACGUGCUACACCAACUGCCGCUCCAAAGUGAGCUACCUGCAGCUCACCUUCUGGAAGCGCUACGUGGAGAAGGAGAAGGAGCGCUUCGACGGCUUCGCCCUGGACUACGCCAACAAACUCGCAGAGAGAAACCUGAUUAGCUUCUUCGAAAACAAGGACCCGGCCCCCUUCCCGUUCCCAAACCACCGCGCCUGGGAACAGAUCUCCGAGCUGUACACCUUCACACGCAGCGAGCAGUACUACAGCACGCUGCAGAGGUACGUGGAGGGCAGCCGCGACUGCGCUCCGGAGAAAAGACCUGUGAUGGACAUGGAGCACGGCAUCGAGAUGAGCUGA